CGCCCCUGCGCGGGGGUAGCCAAAGACACCGACUCGACACGAAAGGCCGGCGAGGCUAGGACGGGGGCGGGCCAGGCCGAGUCGGGGGUGGGGCCUGGCGACGAGGGCGGGGCCUCAGCUGAAGGCGGGAGCACCCGGCGCCGAGAGCGCGGAGUCAAGCGGCGCCCGCUCGGGAGAAGUGAGGGCGGAGACCGCGCCGUCCCGGCACUCCGGCAGCAUCCACGCCGCUCCUGCGCGCUUACUCUUGCGGGCCGGUGCCUGGCGCGACCGGCAGCCAUGCAGCCCCGGGUCUGAGGCCGCCCCAUGGCAAAGCCGGCGGUCCGGGCGACGACGGCGCAUGGAGAACUUCCGUAAGGUGCGCUCCGAGGAGGCGCCGGCGGGGGGCGGGGCCGAGGGGGGCGGCCCGGGCUCCGGGCCCUUCGCCGACCUGGCGCCCGGUGCCGUGCACAUGCGGGUCAAGGAGGGCAGCAAGAUCCGGAACCUGAUGGCCUUCGCCACCGCCAGCAUGGCGCAGCCAACCACGCGCGCCAUCGUCUUCAGUGGCUGCGGCCGGGCGACCACCAAAACCGUCACGUGCGCCGAGAUCCUCAAGCGCCGCCUGGCGGGCCUGCACCAGGUCACGCGGCUGCGCUACCGGAGCGUGCGCGAGGUGUGGCAGAGCCUCCCGCCCGGGCCCACGCCUGGUCAGACGCCCGGAGAGCCCGCUGCUAGUCUCAGUGUACUUAAGAAUGUGCCCGGCCUCGCCAUCCUACUCUCCAAGGACGCGCUGGAUCCGCGGCAACCCGGCUACCAGCCCCCGAACCCCCAUCCUGGCCCCUCGUCCCCGCCAACCGCGCCGACGUCCAAGAGGAGCCUAGGGGACCCCGCUGCUGGAGAAGGCUCCGCGAAGAGGUCACAACCUGAUCCAGGGGCUUCAGACAACGACGGGACAGCCUGAGGACUUCGGACUCAGGGCCACCUAGACUCGCAGGAUCUUACCCCCCGUGCUUCCACCUUCGGACGCACCUUCAGCCUUUCACGCCUCAGUUCUCUGGAGCCCACAACCCGGACACCGCUCUCUAGACUGGUAGCAUAGACCCUAAUAGACCCUAAAGCGACAAGAGAGAGGACCCAGGAGUGGCAAAAGAGGAUACCCGACGACCCCAGGGAAGCUUCCUGCUAUGGUUGCUGCUAUGCCUGUGUUACCUGAAGACGCGGAACUUCACCGUCACCUUUUCUGAGCCAUGCUGGAAACUUCUUUUUGGAAGGAACGGUGGGCAAUGGGACUCCUGAACCUUGUUUGGGACCCCCAAAGGUUAAAGGCAGCCAGCAUUCAUGAAGGGCACCUGGAGUCUGGAAGCAAGGGAGAGCUCUUGGAGUCACUCCACCAUUGACGCGGAGGGCUGGGGGUGAGAAACUGCUUGAGGGUAGAGGAGUCUGAGAUGUGGGGGUCCUAUCCUGCCCCCCACCCUGGGGCAGUUUUCUUUCUGGUUUUCCUUCCCCUGCUUUGGAGGAGCAUCUCCGAGGGCUCUGGCUCUUUUAACAUCCCCCUUCCCCAUGCUGGCCCAGAAACAGAGACCCAAGGACAGAACUCUGCAGGCCUCCUCCCUGAGCCCUGCAGCUGGAGUCUUGCUUCCAAUAAAACAAACACAAAAAUG